UCAGUAAUAGUUUACGCGUUCCAUUACAACACAGUGAUAGUUAAAUUAUUGUGCAUAAAGUGACUUGUUUUCAUUGCAUUUGGCAGCGAUAGUAAUUUAGAAAUGGAUAUGGAUUACAUACUCAAAUUGGAGCAAAUGGGCUCCGAUCCACGUGCGGCCACAUGCCGUGGCAAGCUACAGACUCGUCGCUGCAAAUUGAAUCAGGAAAUCAAUAAGGAACUGCGACUGCGCGCUGGUGCUGAAAACCUUUUUAAAGCCACCACAAAUCGCAAACUGCGCGACACAGUCGCUUUGGAAUUGAGUUUCGUCAAUUCGAAUUUGCAGUUACUGAAAGAGCAAUUGGCUGAAUUGAAUUCAUCUGUGGAAAUCUAUCAGAACGAUAGCCAUGAAAGUGUGAUGCCAAUGAUACCACUUGGCUUGAAGGAAACAAAAGAAAUCAGUUUUAUGGAACCCUUUUCAGAUUUAAUUUUGGAGCAUUAUAGUGAAGAACCGUCCUUAUAUUUGGACGCAAUCGCCGAUAUCACAGACACCAGACAGGCAUCCAGAACGCCGUCACGUGAUGCUCAAGGCGUUGCACUGCUUUUCCGUUACUACAAUUUGUUGUAUUAUGUGGAACGGAGGUUCUUCCCGCCAGAUCGGAAUUUGGGCGUUUACUUUGAGUGGUACGACUCGCUAACUGGUGUACCCUCCUGUCAGCGCACCAUUGCUUUCGAAAAGGCCUGCACUCUCUUCAAUUUGGGUGCCAUCUACACACAAAUCGGUGCACGCCACGAUCGCACCACCGAAAAAGGUUUGGAUGCAGCGGUGGAUAGCUUCUUGCGAGCCGCCGGCAUUUUUCGUCACAUCUACGACACAUUCACCAACGCCCCUUCGAUGGAUCUGAAACCGCAGGUGCUCGACGUGCUGGUCUCGCUGAUGUUGUCACAAGCGCGUGAAUGUCUCUUCGAAAAGUUGCAGCUGCAAAUCGAAGCACUCGGUCUCACCGAGUCCAGUCAUCUUUUCAAAGACUUAGCGGGCGAGGCAGCACAACUGACGCUCGAAUACAAUGAAAUGCACAAAAACAUACAAAUGAACGACACACACACAUACUUGCCGGAGUGUUGGGCCGGCCUGGUGCCGCUCAAAGCUGAAUUCUAUAAAGCACUUGCCCACCAUUAUGAAGCGUGCAGCGUUGAUGUGGCCGCCGACAAGACAUCGCUCAGCACAAAGAAGAGUCAAGCCAACUCGCAUGGCGGCACCGCCAACGAGUCAUUUAUUGGAAAUGCGCGGGAGGCCUUACGUGCUGCGGCCGCUGCAUUUGACGAGAGCGAAGAGGACGCCGCCAGUGCGACUGCGCUGAAACGCGCCCAGCUGAAGGAGGCGAUCGCUAGUCAUGAAGAAACGCAACGCCUGCAGCGCAUGUGCCGAUUUUUGAAGAACAAACUAAGUCUGACGCAGGUUCUCAAAGAGGCCUACUACAAAACACAAGACGAGUACGAGAAAUUUCUUGAAGAGACACCAGCAAGCGAUAUACAAGAUGACUUUCAAGUGAUAGAUGUCGUUGCAGAAGCCUGUUCAAAAUUCACACUCUCGCUAACCGGCCCAGAUUUUACAUCGCACAAAGUAGAGGAUCCGUUCAAACGUCUUGGACCCAUUGCGAUUUUUUCGGCACGUCGUCAUUGGACCGCGCCGCGCUGCGUACGCCUGCAGAAGGGAUCUUCCAUUUAUCACGAGGGCACAUCCACACAUUAUCGUUGCCACUGUCCAACACCAAAUGAAGGACACGAAGUUGGAUGUAGUCAAUACAAAGAGGAAGUGGAGAGUUUCGGUUUUCAUGUGCGAGGCGAUGCGCCGGUCAUUAUAGCGCACGUUGAAAUCAAUUCGUUGGCCGAUUUGGGCGGCAUUAAGGAGGGAGACUUCAUAGUAGAAAUCGCUGGCAUGGAUGUAAAAUGGUAUUCACAUCAGCAGGUGGUGCGCCUAAUACAAUCCUGUGGCAGCACAUUAGAAUUGAAAGUCAUCACACCCAUGGAUAGGAAUUAUUUGAAGCCGCUGUCCUCGAAAGGCUCCAUUUCCACAUUAUCUGCGGCCAGCUCGUCAGGCGUUUCGUCAGGUUCGUCCAGCCCCACUGGCACCACCACAAAACCAAAGCCACGCUUCAAAACCACAUCGCCGAAGAGUCGUCUUGGCAGUCUGUCAUCAUCAUCUUGGAAUCCCUUUCGACGUACGCCAAGUUUAGCGAAAAUUUUCUAAAUGCUCUUGCAUGCAAAUGACAACAAACAAAAAUUCCACUGGUGGCCAUUUUAUGCGUUUGGCGAAAAAACCUUCCGCAUCUUUCAAUUCAUUUAAAUAUAACUACUAUGUAUGUAUGUAUGUAUUUUUGUAUAUGUUUAUUUAAUUAUUUCUUUGUUUUUCUUUUAUUGUAAAAAAAGAAACAAAAGAAUUCUAAGUUUAAUUGAAAUUUUAUUGAAUUUUUUAAUUAGGCGACUUUUUCUUUAUAUUUCGUUUUGUUUGCAUGCUGCUAUAAUUUCGUUUAUUUUCUGGGUUAUGGAAAAUAUUUGUUAAUUGUAAAUUAUAUGCAAAAGUUAUACAAAUUUGAGGUUUCCAAAUGUAUUGAAAAUUUUAAAAUACUUUUGUUUUUGUAUUUAGUAUUUUUUGUACUUCUAAUUGUAAGCUUAUACAAGUUUUUCAAGCGAAAGAAAGUUAGUGUUAAGGCAAAGUGCUUCCAGGUCAACCUGCGGACGUUUUCAAAGCGAAAAAAAAUAUAUAAUAUAUAAAGGAAAUGAAGGUGUUCGUAAAUUAAAAAUUGGAUAAUUAAAAAAAUGUAUGUAUGUGUGGGCUUUUGGUAAACCAACUGACGUGACUUUGAAAGGUUUUGCUUUAAGUCAAUAAUUUUUUAUCUAUCAUUGAAAAAAUGUAGUAUUUUACAAAAACGGGCUGCUCGAGCUUCACCUAUGAGUAAUUAAUUGAUUAGAUAUGUCGAAAAAGCAAGCAACUUAGUGCCUUACAGAAAAAUGUGCUCAGUCGACUUAAGUUGUUUUAUCAGAAGUGCACACAUAUGGGCAUAUGUUUCAAUCAGAACGAAUGAAUGUUGUAGUGCAAAACCGUUACACACAUUUGUAUGUAUUUACACCUUAAUUGUUAGUACUUAAUCAAUAAGGUAAUUUUUUUUAUAUAUAUAUCAGUAAAUAUUUAUGUACUUAUAGCUUUUGAGAAGCUUACAAAAUAAUUAUAUUUAAACGCCAUUAAGAAAAAUACACAAAAUAUAAGGUGGCGAACAUUUAAAUUUGUAUGUUAUGCACAAAAUAUUUAGAGCCUGUAGUAUAUGUAUGUAUGUUUAUAUACGCAUUUAUUUUAUCGUAAAUAUAUUUUAUUUUACUG